GCUGAAGUUCCGAUUCCAGCUGUCUGGGUGGUCUUGGGCAAGUCACUGUCCUGCUUGGUGCCUCAGUUUCCCCACCUGUCAUAUUGGGAUAAUAUUUCCCUGCCUUGUAGGUUGGUGUCAGCACCUGAAGAGCCUGGCAUAGAAGGUCUUAUAUAAAGAGCCAAGUGUUAUCACUCAGGUAUUGCUCUUGUGUAGCUCCCAGAAUCAGAAAAUCUCACUCAUGUCGCUCAAUUUAAAAGAAAAAAGCAAGCCUGCGUUGUCACCCUUUGCCUCCUGGUCUAGUCCCGCAGUCUGAGUCACAGAACCCCAUUGUCCCGACCCUAGCAUGUUACAGAUGUCCAGAUGGUGUGAGGUUAAUCUCUUAAAAAGCAUGCGAGAGGCGACUGCCACAAUAAACAGCAGCCAGGGCAGGACAUUGGUUGGUGUAAAGUGUUCUGUAAAUUCGGUUUCAAGAUGCACCUAAGCUAAUACUCCAACAAAAAGCACUUUCACAAGAGCUGCUGCCCUGCCAAGCCACCAAAAUGCACAAGCUGUGCUUGGCUGAGUGAAGAGGGAUCAGUGCAGAGCGGGGCUUUGCCUGGUCCUGGCUGCAGGUCAAAUCCUGCUGUAAUGUUAGCCAUUGUUAUAAGCAGCCUUGAAGACAGUGCAGCGGUCUCCUAAGAAAAGUGGUGAAAGCCCCUUUGCUUGGAGACUGGACAAAGUGCUAGAAAAUACACAAUGGGGAACAGUCGUGCACCGCUCCGUGGGAGUUAGGCACCAUGGCCCAGACCCUGAAAGGCGCCUAGCUCCCAUGGAAAUCAAUAAGAGUUAAGCUCCUAAACACUUUUGAGGACUUGAGCACUAGUCAUCUUUGUGAAGCCUGCUUAGUGUCUAUGUACAUCUUUAGGAACCUUUCAAAAUCUGGCUCUUUUAGAUACUACAGUGAGGGAUAGGAGUCUUUUCCAUCUCUAAUCUCUGUGGCUGUAGGAUUAAAUAAUAAUACCGUACUUUGCACUUGCAUUUCCUUUCAUUGGAGGAGCUCAAAGCACUUUCCAGAGGUGAAUCAUGGAGAAAAAUGAUUUAGCUGCCGUCACACCAUGAGUCAGUGACUGAAACCCAGAGUCCUGUCUCCCAGUGCCCUGCUGGAACAGCACUGUCUCCCGCUCAGGAAGGCAUGGGGGGAGUGCAGUCCCUCGGGCUGCCCCAAGGGAAAGGACCUCACCAAGUGGGCUGCACGGAUGUGAUGGUGGGCCACAACCGGAAGGGGCUUUUCUUCCGGUUGUUUUACCCCUGCCUUCCCCAGGAGGGGGCAGAGCAGCCUCUCUGGAUCCCGCGCCGUGAGUACUGCCAAGGGCUGGCCGACUACAUCAACUGGAACAGGAAGUGGUGCACCCCUCUACUCAGUGUGACUUUUGGGUCCUGCAGAGUUCCAGUGAGCUGGAAUGGGCCUUUUAAGUCAUGUGGCAGCAGGUACCCGCUGAUCAUAUUCUCCCAUGGCCUGGGAGCCUUUCGAACCGUCUACUCGGCUGUCUGUGCAGAAAUGGCCUCCCGUGGCUUUCUGGUGAUGGUGCUGGAGCACAGAGACCAUUCUGCCUGUACAACUUACUUUUGCAAGGCAGAGGCUGGGGGGUCCGAUUCCCUGGAGGCUGCGCUGCAGGAGGAAUGGAUCCCGUUUCGAAGGGUCCAAGAAGGGCAGAAGGAAUUUCAUUUUCGAAACCCACAGGUUCAUCAAAGAGCAAACGAGUGUGUGCGAGGGUUCAAGCUGGUGAAGGACAUCAACAGCGGCAAAGCUGUCACCAAUGUCUUGCACAAAGGGUUUGAUCUGUCUGCACUGAAGGAGAGUGUGGAUUUGACUAAAGUCGCUGUAAUGGGCCACUCUUUCGGAGGAGCGACAGCAAUUCUAGCCCUUGCUAAAGAAGUCCAUUUUAAAUGCGCCGUUGCUCUCGAUGCCUGGAUGUUCCCUUUGAAAAAUGAUCUCUACCCCAAGGUGACCAAGCCGGUGCUUUUUAUCAACACGGAGAAAUUCCAGACUCCAGAAAGUGUCGCCAAAAUGAAGAGACUCCGCUCCAGAAACAGGCAGACCAAGAUCAUAACCAUCCUGGGAUCUGUGCAUCAGAGUCAGACUGACUUCACUUUUCUGGCUGGGAAUCUCCUGAACAGAGUGUUCCAGACCAGAGGCACCCUGGACCCGUACGCGGGCUUGGACAUCACCAACAGGGCGGCACUUGCUUUCCUGCAGAAACAUCUUGAGCUGGAGGAAGAUUUUGAUCAGUGGAAUAAUCUCCUGGAAGGCAUUGGUGACUCAGUGAUUCCAGAGGCGCCUCUCUGCAUCUCCAGCCUUUAGAGACACUGUCUGCUGGUCCGUCCGCAUGGAUCUUAGGCAUCCUACAUACCAGGAAGAUAGUAGUUUCCCCUUAAAUCAGCAACUCCAAUAACUGCAAAAGACACGUGUAAAUCAUGCAGCUGCUGAUGGAAUCCAGAGACAUGGAGCCCUCACUAGUCCAGAAUUCAGGCUGGAACCGGAAGACUAGAGGCCCUGACUGGUCAAGGGUUGACCAUGGAACCCAGAGACUGGGCCCUCCUCUGGUCUAGAACUCACCACGGAGAACAGACUGGGGCGCCUGGCUGCUCUAGAACUGAUUUUGGAACCAGAAAACUGAUGCUUUAUUGGACAGAAGCAGAUGUGGGGUGUGGCUUAGUGGCCCCCAUUUUAACAGGUCCCAAACCUUUCUCUCUGCCCCUUCAAAUCCCUCCUCUAAAUACAUUUUUUUCCCAGAAGUCCUUCACACAUGAGACCUGCCUUGGUCCCCUCUGACUCCUACCAGCACCCCAUGCACUUUGUUGUCUACACCUGAAGUACAUUGCACUGGUUUCAGACAAUGGAGGGAAAAUCUCUCCCCUUGUGUUAAACUCUCAGAAGCCCCUCCUGUGAAUUACCUGAGGUACUAAUUAAUGCUGCUGUAGUAAUUAUGUCAGUCAAAAUGGUAUUGUCUGUAAAAUGGUGCAUAUAUUGGAAACUGUAUUUUCUUCUCUCUUAAAUGUGCAUUAAAUGAAGAUGGAGAAUAUUGUUCCUAACAUGUAUCUAA